AUUUUAAAAGGAAAAACAUAUCCACAACCCAAAGACCAGAAACCAAAAUACUUCUUUCUUUUGGUCGGAAACCAAGAUUGCUGAUGACUCCGUCUCUGUUUCUUUGUCGUCCACUCCGUCUCCACACCGCACUCGUCUUCUCCAAACACCACUUUCCUAACAGUCCCUUAUCAUCAUCAAAUUUCACUUUAGUCCCUGUUUGGUCUUGCUCUCCCUCUCAUUCCAGCAAUGCCCCCACUUCCCAAGGUACUGCAGAGAAAAUGGAGGAGCAGAUCGUGGGUGUGGAUAAAGUCGAUAUCUUGAAGCAGAAAAUGGAGGUUAUUGGGAUUCUCUGUACUGAUUAUUGUGUGCCUGGAAAGUAUACUAAUUUACUGUGUCCAAAGUGCAAUGGUGGACCGACGAUGGAGAGGAGUUUGUCUGUUCACAUUGUCCAAAAGGGGGAUUUGGCAAUGUGGAGGUGUUUUCGAACGAAUUGUAGUUGGGCUGACAAGGUAUUUGCGGAUGGCAGGGCAGCGCAUAAUGAGGUGAAGAAGAAAGUUCACUACUCUGGACAAAUGACAGAGAAGAGCCUUAAGUUGGAACCACUAGGGGAAAAGCUAACUGCAUACUUCUGUGAGCGAAUGAUAUCUGAGGAAACUUUGCGCAGAAACGGUGUUAUGCAACGUUCCAGUAAUAAGGAUAUCAUUGCAUUUACUUAUAAACGCAACGGACUGCUUGUUGCCUGCAAGUAUCGAACCAUAGAAAAAAGUUAUUGGCAGGAGAAGGCGUCAGAGAAAAUACUAUAUGGAAUUGAUGACAUAAAUGAUGCAGCUGAAAUUAUCAUUGUUGAAGGUGAAAUUGACAAGCUUUCAUUGGAGGAAGCUGGCUUCUGCAAUUGUGUGAGUGUCCCUGAUGGUGCACCGGGAAAAAGUUCUACUAAAUUGCCACCAGUGGAAAAGGACACUGCAUAUCAGUAUCUGUGGAAUUGCAAACAGAAUUUGGAUAAGGUUUCUCGCAUUAUCCUGGCAACCGACAAUGACAAACCAGGCCAAGCUUUGGCCAAAGAUAUAGCACGCCGCCUUGGGACACACAGAUGUUGGCAAGUAAGCUGGCCGAAGAAUGAUGAAGUCAGCUAUUACAAAGAUGCUAAUGAGGUUCUCAAGGACAUGGGACCUGAUGCUUUGAGAAAGGUAAUCGAAAAUGCAGAACCGUAUCAGCUAUGCACCGCAGACCAAGUAGUACAAAGUUCAGACGAGCAUAAGCCGGAUAAAAUACUGGCUUCUCAGUAAACAAAGUGCACACGAAGGCUGUAAAGUUUCCCCGAGAUUCAUAUUUGUGAUUCAUAGUCAAGUGGUUUAGGUUGAAUUAACAUUGGUACAGAAGAGAAAAUAUACAACAGGUUAACAAUCAUUGUUUAGUUUGUAUAUAGAAGGACCUUGCUUAGUUCAAGUGCCGGAUCUUAUUGUGACUUCGAAAUACAAACGAUAUUCGAUACUAA